UAAAGGUACAACAACAAAUUGCGGGAACUGAGAUUCUGAUCCCUUUUCCUUUUUUUCCCCUUUAACUCGGCUUUUUAUUUAUUUCAGUUACGUAUUCUUCUGAUCUGAUCUGAUGGCCAAGAUAGUUCACAGCCCAUGUCAUUUACUAGUAUUUCUGUGGUGAUUGUCUUUUUCCCACUGAUACCGCAGCAGACUCGUUUUGAAGUCCCCUUGAAAUCUGUGAAUUAUUUUGGAGUUUUGCAUGCCAGAGAGGUGGUAUUAGUUUCUGGGGCUAGCUAGCUCUCACAAAACUUCUUACUCCUACUUUUCUUUUUUGGUUGGUUCUGUGAAGAGGUGCACCAAAACCCGUUUCUUUCUUUCUCUUUUUUCAUUUCCUAUUUACCUGCUGAGCCAAAGCACAUCAAGCUAGAUUCCAUCCUCACCCUCCUCCUGACCCAUCACGCAAAAACCCAACCCUUCGGCCUAUAUAUUUCAUGUGUUUCGGUGGCGGUGGGGAUAUUGGGAAUUCAUCAUUUCCCUAUCCUUUUCUUGAUGUUUUAGGUCUUAAAGUCUGAAGGGCUUUUGACAAUGGCUGAGUUUGACACUGGGGGUGAUGGAAAGGAGUCAAUGUUGGAAGAACAAGAUAUGCAAGAAGAAGAUGUGUGGGGAGCGAUGAGGGAAAGAGACAGCUCAGGUUUGAAGUCCAGAAAAGCAAAGGAGUCUCCAUCUGCAUGCCGCAUUCCUCCUCUUCCAAGAGUGGUUCCGAGAGUUCCCAGCGGCAGCUUUGAUCCCCGGGCGGCGGUGGAGCUGGUGGUGCAUCAACGUCAUCAUCACCCUAACCAAUCAUCUGCUCCUUUGGACAUUUCCAACUGGUCCGAAAUCUAUGGUACCAGCAAGAAUUCACCGGAUAUCAACAGCAACUCGAGGAAAGGUGCAUGUGCUGUGAAGGCUGAUGAUCAUGGCCGUCUUUCUGCUGAUUCUGCGAAGUGUGAUGAUGAUGAUGAUGAUAGCGAGGAAAUGAUCCCACCGCAUGAAAUUGUUGCAAGGAGGAUGGCAAGGAGUCCAGUUGUUUCUUACUCCAUGUGUGAAGGAGUUGGGAGGACUCUCAAAGGAAGAGACCUUUGCACAUUGAGGAAUGCCAUUUUGGCAAAAACUGGUUUCCUAGAGUCAUAAUCUUUUCACUAGAUCAUCUUCCUGACAGGCUCUUCCAUCACCGUCAUUUUCAUGUGAAUAAGGAAGGGCAUCAGAAAAAUGCCUCCAUUAAACCAAUAUCAUAAUCCUCUCAAAAAAGAAAAAAUAUCAUCAUCAUCAUCAUGAGUCCUUUUCAUUGGCUCUUAUCAUUAGAUCAAGGGCCCAAUGUUUUUUUUUUCUUUUUAAAUUUUAGUUGCAUGACUAAAUAGGAUUAGGAUUUAUAAAAAAAAAAAAAAAAAAAAAUUCAUGCUGGAAGAGGUGAAAGGGGGGCAUAGGUUUUUUGUCACCUUUCCCUUGAACAGCUUCUUGUGACAGAGAAAACAGUUUUAGAAUCUGGAAUUUUGUCGGGAAGAUUUGUA